CUAUCUGGGAGGUGCCCCUCCCGAGUUCUCUUUCAUUAUCGCCUGAUCAAGAGUUCCAUCCGGUUUCAUGGCUCCUGCUCGUUUCCACGGAUGGAGACGUCGGCCGACCACAUGGCACUACGUCCGCCCUCUUUGGACCUAUCCCUUGCCUGCAUCGCUCCACGGUGCAUUUCAGUCAGCUUAUACAUCAUUCUCGUACAGGACACCGGAACGAGGUGCCACAGUCACAGUGCAGCUUGGGACCCUCCGUCUCCGCCCGAUCAUGGUCAUCGAAUCUAAUGUGUGUUGGAUGAUGACGGUGCACGUCUUGUCUCGGAGAUGCUCUGGGCGGACUUUACCGAUAUCAACCUUCAAACCUUAAAGAUAGGGGUCUCAUCAUACUACAGUCUGGCACCUCCUCCUGGCAGUAUGAAGCCGGCUUGGGUUUGGUCCAAUGAGAGCCGCGGGCUCCGCCUCGUGGCUCAUAUCUCUUUGACCCGGGCCUACCUUUCCACUCCCGCG